AAAAAAGCAGACAGGAGAAGGAGACGAGGAAAACAAGUUGAUUCAACUAGAACCACUGAAGCUAAGUUAUAUAACUAAGAUGCCCGAGGGUGCUUAGUAAAGAUUUGAUGUUGUUUUAAAGUGACAUAAUAUACCCACUGUAACAAUCUGAUUAUACAUUUCAAAGCCAUACAGUAUAGUUAAAAAGCCACAAAUAUUCUAGGUCCAUGUCAAAAAGAAGUUAUAUGUAAUGCUAAAGCAAGAAAUUCCGCCCUCUAGUGGUCGCGCCGGGUUUUGCUUUUGAAAUACAAGGUCCUUCUUUCCAUGAAUUCACCUUUCAGGCAGUUCUUACUAUCAAAAUGUUUACCACCCUGUCCGACCAACGAGACUUCACAAUUAAAACUGUUAUAUUUAGUUUAAAGCCGUAGUUGAAGUUUCUACUGCAAGUUUAAAGAAUACGUGCCUGACAGACAAUGAAAAGGGGGGGAAAAAAACAUUAAACACUCUUUUUACGUCCUCACAACCAGCCAAUGAAAGCCCAGCUGCGCGCUGUACGUGCUCGUUGGCUGGACCAAUGAAACACCUCCGUGGCUGGUUGCUAGGAGACGCGUUGUGUCCAUGUUGCCGAGGCACAAUGAAGAAGAUAUUUAGAUGCAGCUAAACCAGUAAAUAGCACUUAUUUAGCAUCAUUUACGAAACAAGAGAGUUUACUUACAGUGUCUGGAGGUUAUCCACUGUAAUGGUGAAGCUGAGGGCGAGAUGUCUGCUUGCCGGAGAUGCAGCAGUGGGGAAAAGUGCCCUUUCUCAUAUGUUCCACAGUGACGGUACUCUCUUCCAGAAGAACUACAGCAUGACAACUGGAGUGGAGCUGCUGAUGAAAUGUGUCAACAUCCCAGAGACCAAUGACAGCGUGGAGCUCUACAUAAUAGACUCUGCAGGGAAGGAGACAUUAGUGGAAGCCUGCGAGAAAAUGUGGGGUGAGCUGUCGCUGCUGUGCCUGGUUUUUGACCUGACCAGUGAGCAAUCUUUUGCCAACUGCAGCCGCUGGAUGGAGAGAGUCCGUGCCCACUGCCAAGGUCUCCAGGUUCCAGGUGUGCUGGUGGGCAACAAGUCAGACCUGUCUGCCAGAAGGGAGGUACAGGCAUCCGUGGCCCAGGAAUGGGCCCAGAGCCAGGGGUUGGAGUACCACGAGACAUCAGCCAGGGAAAUGGAGAACUGCGACGCACCGCUCCUCAGUUUAGCCCGGGCCUUCCACUCUCUGUAUCAAGAACGCCGGGAGACCAUCCAGAACCUAAGUCCAGGCUAGACCCAUUCCCGCUCACACACACACACACACACACACACACACACACACACACACACACACACACACACACACACAUCUUGACUUUUCACCAGUAGGAUAGUAGGCACAGGAUAUCUGUUCAGAGACUUUAAUAAGCUUUAUGGAUAAUACAUGUGAGGAUGUGAGGCAAUUCAAAGAAAUCCUGUGUUCUUUUGUACCAGCCUUCUUCAGAAUAUUUUUAUACGCCAUUGAAUAAAGUAGUUUUUCUUUGACAGUCA